AUGUCUUUGGACAUUACGACCUUCCACAAUGUCAUUAACAAUGAGUUGACCACCACCUUGCAAACCCGUCACGGCAUCAACCCUGCGAACAGACAACCCAACCCCGAGGUUCCCGUUUCGACACAAGAAGAUCUCGAUCGAGCCGUCGAUGCCGCUCGCAAAGCCUUUCGCACAUGGUCGAAGACCUCGUUCGAUGAGCGUCGCACCGCCCUCAGCGCCUUUGCCGACAAGAUCGAAGCAAACAAGGACGCACUGGCUCGGCUCAUGACGCAGGAACAAGGCAAACCGCUCAGCCAGUCCACCGUCGAGGUCGGAAUGGCCGUGCAGUGGGCCCGCAGCAUCCCCACAAUUGAGAUCCCUGAAACGGUCAUCGAAGACACGGACGAACAUAAGAUCAUCCAGCGGUACACCCCCCUCGGCGUCUGCGGGGCCAUCGUGCCGUGGAACUUUCCCGUCCUGCUGGCCGUCGGCAAGAUCGUUCCCGCUGUAUACACAGGGAACACUGUGAUCGUCAAACCCUCCCCAUAUACGCCGUACUGCGGCCUGAAGCUCGCUGAGCUGGCAGCGCAGUGCUUCCCGCCCGGGGUGGUCCAGGCAUUGAGUGGAGGCGAUGACCUCGGCCCUAUGAUCACGGAGCACCUGGGCAUCGACAAGAUCAGCUUUACCGGCUCGAUACUCACGGGGAAGCGCGUCAUGGCGAGUUGUGCGAAGACCCUGAAGCGGGUGACGCUGGAGCUGGGCGGGAACGACCCGGCCAUUGUCUGCGACGAUGUCAAUAUCGAUGCAGUCAUUCCAAAGAUCGGGAUCCUCUCCUUCCUCUGCUCGAGCCAAAUCUGCAUGAUGGUCAAACGACUGUACGUGCACGAGAAGAUCUACGACGAGUUUCGGGAGAAGCUCGUGGCGUUUGUGGGAUCGCUCAAGGUCGGCGACGGCACCGAGCCCGACGUCUUCUUUGGCCCCGUGCAGAACAGCAUGCAGUACGACAAGGCCAAGGAUCUUUGGCAGAGCCUGUCCACAGAAGGUCUGACGACGGCCCUUGGCGGAACCAUCCAGGACUCAGCGGGCUACUUCGUCCCCCCGACCAUCGUCGAUAACCCUCCUGAGUCGGCCCGGGUCGUGCAAGAAGAGCCGUUUGCGCCGAUCCUGCCGAUGCUCAAGUGGUCGGACGAGGACGAUGUCAUUGCGCGGGCGAAUGGCACCGACACGGGGCUCGGGGCAUCAGUAUGGAGCAAGGAUAUGACGCGAGCGCGUCGCAUAGCCGAUCAGCUUGAGUCGGGGAGCGUGUGGAUCAACUCGCACUUUGAUGUUUCGCCCAAGGCGCCGUUCGGAGGACACAAGACCAGCGGGAUUGGCACGGAAUGGGGACUGAACGGGUUGAUCGCGUAUUGUAACUCCCAGACCUUGUGGGUGAAGCCAAGUCUUUAG